ACCAACAAUAAAUUCUAAGAACUGGAGGUGGGAGUUAAAAAAACAGGGUUUCAAUAGUAUAUUUGUUCUGAUUUAAGAGUUAUAUGAAUUAUUACAACAAAAUCGAUCAAAUCAAAACAAACUACCUCAUAGAUACCUAGUUUAAAAUUUGUUUUUGUACUAUUGAUAAUGGCAAAUUUUAUAUCAUUAUUAGCGUUUUUAACAUUGCUAAUAUGUGUUAAUGGACAAGCAAGACCUUUUUACGCUUCAGGAAGUUCAUAUCCAAUCGUAUUACCCCAAUAUCAACAAGAAGAAUCAGAUUUGGCUCAGAAAAUGGGAUUUUCGGGAUUCGAUAAAAAAUUUACUUCUACCACAACAUAUACUGAAGGAGAAUGGAUCAGUUGGAUAAAAUCUUUACCGCGUGAAAAACAGCCUUUCGCGUUAAUAAAUGCUGAACAUCUCAACAAUCUCAGAAAUCCACCACGCCAAUAUAAACGUGUAUAACUUAACUCGUAAUAUUUCCACUAGUUAGAUUUUCUCAUCAUUACUUAUGCUAUCUUUGAUAUAGAUGUGAUAAUUUUUUAUUAGAUAUCUUGUAAACGUAAAAUAUCUACAAAAGUAGUACCUUACUUUACAAAAAAAUUCAAACAAACAAAUUGAAAAAAAAAUGAUAACUAUAGAAUACUUAUAUUUAUUGUACACAGUAAUAUAUAAUUAAUUU